AGGGGGAGGGCGCUGCGGGGCUGCCUGGUGCGCGUCAGCCGCCGCGCUCCGUCUGCGCUUGGGGACGCGCUCGAGGCGGCCGCGCCGCGGCGAAAACUCACAGGUUUGAUCCAGAAAAGCCAGAGAAGAUUGAGAUGACAGAAGUAGCCACGGAGCGAGCUAUGGGGCCUUUCACAGUGUACAUCCUACCCUCCUACCUUCAGAUGAUCUGGCUUCGUCUUUUCCAAAGCUGUUGCAGUCCCGUGUGGUAGCGAGGAUCUCCAGGACUGCCCCAUCGAGGAUCUUUUGUUGCGGUACUCCAUCAUCAGAGCAUGAAAGCUCUUUUGCUGUGCCAGGUGUCUGUGAGGGUCCAGCACCUCACAUUCGGACACUAACUUCUAUUCCAUAGGGAAGCAAAACUGGGCAUUAAACCCAGACUCCAAUUUCAGCGUAUCAUCUCGGAGACUAGCCUUCUUCUUUCAAACCGCAAUGCAUUAAGUGACAUUAAGGCAGUUCCCAUGUCAAGAAAACCCUUGUUUGCGUGAAGUCCCCCGCUGCCUCUGCCCAGCUCUCUUCCUCUGAAGCAGUCACCAGCGUGUGGAGCCUGCCCCACACCCAUCCCCUGCCAAACCACGGCCUUUACCUGCGUCUUCCGGUGUUUCCCGUGCGACCCGUCCUGUGGGAGUGCCUCCUGGGCCACCCCAGAGUUCACACAGCGCUCAGUGGCUCCAAUGGUGAAGAUGACAAGGUCCAAGACUUUCCAGGCAUAUCUGCCUUCGUGCCACAGGACCUACAGCUGCAUUCACUGCAGGGCUCACCUUGCCAACCACGAUGAGCUCAUUUCCAAGUCCUUUCAAGGAAGCCAAGGACGAGCAUACCUCUUCAAUUCAGUAGUUAAUGUGGGCUGUGGCCCUGCAGAGGAGCGGGUGUUAUUAACAGGAUUACAUGCGGUUGCAGAUAUUUACUGUGAAAACUGCAAAACCACACUGGGUUGGAAAUAUGAACACGCCUUUGAAAGCAGCCAGAAGUAUAAAGAAGGCAAAUACAUCAUUGAACUAGCUCACAUGAUCAAGGAUAAUGGCUGGGAUUGAAUGGAAAGAGCCCAGCCCUACCAGCGUGUAAGAGAAUGCCAUCCAACCGAACAUUAUAUCCAAGAGUGAGAGAGUGACUGAACGCUUGGUUCCAUGCAUUUAGAGGCUCUGCAAUUUGGGAGCGUCUUCACACCCUUCUCCAUCUUUAUUGGUGACUGGCCUCUAAAUUUCUGUCUCUCUGUCUCUUUGCUUUGUAUCUGUUUGUGAGUUGACCCUGGCUGCUUCUCUCUCUGUUCUGGCGUUGGCUAAGAGAAUGCACCGAAUGCCCGACAGCCAUUCCAUGUUGACGAAUGUUUAAGUACAAACUGCCGUUGGCUUUGUGGUGGCAUUUUAUCAGAAGGUCUCGGUGCGGGAGGAAGACCUGAGUUUUGGGCAGGAGAAGGUAAUAGGGGGUGGGGAGCGGGGCCCAAAGGGAAGUCAUCAGAAGUUGAAACUGUACUUCUCCUUUAAGUCCUGGUUAACCAAGGCUUGAAACUAUCUACUUGUCUAAAUGGACAGAAAAAUACCUCACGGCUGCGUUCUCUCCGAAUCAUAGAACCUGCUCCGUCGAUGGAGCUUCAGUCUAAGCCGGCUGAGCACAAGUCGUAACCAGUUCCCCCCGCAAGCUAAUCGCAAAUCUGUGUUUUGUUUGCCAUUUAUGAACUCGUUGUUUGGGGGGGGGGGGGGGGGGGGGGGGGGGGGUGGAGGACCUGAAGGCUGGAGAGAUUCCCUGCCUCUCCUUUUUCUCAUCUUUCAGGGUAGGUAGGUCGAACAUCCCAGCAGAGCACAACUGUGGGGAGCAUCCUCACAGCUGGAGAAACCAAAUCCUGACUCUUGAGCCCUUCAGAGAGGAGGAGAAAACCACUUAAGGCACAAAGGGGCUGAGCUGCAGCUUAGAAGAUAUGACAGGGGGGUAAAAAAGGCACGUGCUAGGCAAGGAAGAGGAGAUGGCGUGGAGGAGGAUGGGGACAAACGUAGUAACACAUGGUACCCCUUGAUUUCCAGGCCUCCACCGAGCAUCCCUGGGGGUCUUUUACCAAUCCUUCACAAGUGCGAGUAGCAAAAUACUGUUACAGAAUCUUUUUCUUAAAUCCCAGGCGCCAGCCGUCAGCUCCGCUCAUGGAGCCUGGCAGAGGAAUUGUGUGAGAGUGGGGAGAGGAGGGAGCAGAGGAGCCUGGUGGUUGUAGCAGUGUUGCACAGGUGGAUAUUUCAAGCCAUGAGGUGUCCUCCCCAAAAACUUCCCCCCCCCCCCUUUUCUCACUCCCAGAAGCCUGUUGCAGGCACAGGGGGAAUGGGAAAGGAAAAAGAAAUGAGACAUCUUCCCGCUACCCCUGAAAUUGUCUAUGCCUUGGGUGUUUAAAGCGGGGCGUGGGGGGUAGAUGUGGGCAUCAUAACUGCAAGGGACAAGUCCUUCCCAUUUUAAUUUUUUCAUUGUAAUUACUGCGGACCUUCCUGAAGUGGUCGGUGGGGAAGGGGCAUCAUGUGUGAGAGGGGAGCUGCAUUAGACGUAAGUGACAAUGUGAAGUUUGCUCUGCAACAGUCCAGCCAGUAUCUGGUGCAUAACUCAAGACUAUUUAACCGAAUUAGUUUUAUCUCUCUGAGUGAAUUUUCUUUUUGUUUGUGGAAUUCUUUCAAGUAGGUUAAUCCAUUGGGGGAAAUCUUUCUUAAUCCAGAAGGAAAGAGUAUUGUGCAGGGGUUUGUAACUCCUUAUGAAACCGAAGCUUUGGAGCUGUAAUCUGUUGUCGCUCGCCCCCCACCCCCAGGAGAGCCUCGGCUGUGGGGAUCAGGAUGGAGGGCUGGUGGUGAGAAAGGAAUUUGCUGUUAAAUGAAGGGGAUGUGGGCAGAGAGGCUGCUUAUGGACCAGGGUGGAACUUCAUGUGUUGAGUCCUGCAGAAACCCAAACCUGAUGGCCCAUCUAAGCAAAGGCUGUUUUUUCUCUUGAACCACUUUGCAGCCUUGGGGAGAGAAGUGAGUUGGAGGCUGGCCUGGCUCCUGCAGUGGAUGGAGUUGGCUCCGUUUGUGGCUGCCCAGUCAGGAGGUGGCUUCUGCCUUCACCCUUGCUGCUGUGGCUGUGUAACAGUUGCUUCAGCUUGCGUUUCUGAUGGUCUCUGCUUCCAUCAUCCAUAUUCCCUUCGAUGAUAAAAAUCUAGUAGAAAUCCAAAAUUCUGCGGUGCCCACUGUCUUGUUGACUUUGGCACUGACCUGGUCCCAUUUUCCUGUCCUUUGGUUGGUGACCCAAAUUAUUGGGUUUUGACUAAUGGGAAGUAAUUUGCAUUCUUUGAAGAGCUCUUUGGUCUCCCCAGAUACGUGGCCUUUAAAGGGGUCUGGUUGGAGUUGGGAGAAGUAAGAGAUAACCCCAAAUAAAAAAAAAAUCAAAACCCCAAAUAAAAAAAAAAAAAAAAGAGCACACAGGGCUCAUGUGUUUAACCCCAAAUCAAAAAAAAAAAAAGAGCACACAAGGGCUCAUGGGUUUAUGUUGGUAUUUAGAGUGAUUGCCUAUUAAAAAGCAAUAUAAAAGGUAGGCCUGUCUAGAAGACAGCUCUGAGAAAUAAGAACAGUCACUGCAGAGAGCUACCAGAUGUAAAUGUGUUUAUCCGUAUAUUUGGGACAAGAAAGGAUGAUGAUCCGUCAGAUCGGGCUGGUUUUAACUCUUCGCAGGGGUUAUGCUUUUAAUGGCAACCAGUCUAAGCUUGAAUACGGCAAGAUCUUAAUCUGGUUUUAAUCGGUUUUGUCCCAUCAUCACCCACAGAUUCACACUUGCUGAGAAUCUGGCCUCAAGCCCUGAUACAAAAAAACCCCAUGUGUGCCUGUGAACGUCCCCGACAACCAGAGAAUUCUCUGCAGAGUGACUUUAAUACACUGUGCAGGGAGAUAAGGAAAAAUGGGCUUGUGAAGCUCAUUGGCAUUUGUUCUCUGCUACGUGUCCAUUAAAUAUGAAGGACUUUUUUUUUUUUUUUUAGUCCGCUUCUAACUCAUCUGUGACUUGCUGUAUUGAGACGCAUGACAGUAUUGGGAGCUGGUGACCAGACAGGAUGAUCAAAGCUGUAUCUAGCGGCUACCGCAGUCAGCACAGGCGAAACCAAUGCCUCGUAGAGCGAUACAUUGAGAGCACAACCAAAGAACCUCGCUGUCUGCAUCCCUCUGGUCCUGUGAGUUGACUGUAGCCAGUUUGUUACCAGCUGGGGGGAGCAAGGUGGGACCGUGGUUUCUGAGCUGGAGAUGUGGCCCAUGGGCAGGCAGUGCCUGAACGCAGAGCACUGAGUGCCCGUGGCGCUGCUUUCUGUGGGUGACAUCCUCGAGAUGAUAGGGACAGCAGCGAGUUUCGCUUUUUUUUUUUCGUUUUGAUGCGGCAGGCUCGUCUCUGGCAAGCUGCAUGCAUCCUUGAGUUUACAUCACCCCCGACUACCCCAAAGCUCAGACUUGAGAAAGUUUUAAAUUGUUUUGCUCUGGUGGAUUAUCUGGUUUGAAAUCCUGAUCCCUGUAAUAAAUAUUCAGAUGAUAAUAUAUACAAAGCAGAAAAAAACAACAUUAUCUUGUGAAAUAUGCUUUUGUAAAUAAUAUUUAAUUUUUUUAAAAAAAAUAAUAUAUUUGGUGCUGUUUUCUCAGAGCCCCUCCCUGAGAGCACUUUUUUGUUGUUUAUAAAUGAUGCUGUUUCCUUCUGUAUUUGUUGGAAAAUAUGUGUAAAGGGAAACAAAAAUCAUCAUAUACGUUUUCCUCUUAAGUCAAUCCAUUUUUCCUCUGGACUUGGCAGGAGAGGGGAGUCACUCCCGCUUCCAUCUGGCAGAACUGGUCUCCGGCGCAGGCGGUGGCCAGGUUACGGAGAGCAGCCCGCGGUGCAGGCAGGUACUGAAGUGUGAGAUGGGAGGUAGCUGCAGGCGCUCGGGGAGCACCCCGGUGCCUGGAGUUACGUGCUGAAGCACCUUCACUCAGUGCUGGAGGUCCCAUCCGGCAGCCUGAGCCCCGUGUCAGCUUGUGUUCCCACAGCGAGUCCUGGCAAAGCUGUAGGCUCCAUCUGGGCACAACUUGCCUGAGAUCUGGUUUGUAGGAUCUGGGCCUGAAAUAUUCUCUUGCACCAGUAUUGGCUGGAGUGAAGUAGAUACUGAGACUUAGAAAACAGGAUUGAAUAUAAGCUGCAACCUCUGAAAUGCUGUUGCCAGUUGCUUGGGGGCAGCAGGGAUGGAGGAUGAAGAUUUUUAACUAGUCAUUGUUUUUAAACUAAACCAUAAAGUCUUUGGACAUGGAUCCUGGUUUUCUUUUUGAGUUGGUUUUUUUUUUGUUUGUUUGUUUGUUUGGGUUUGUUUGUUGUUUUUUCUUUUUUUAAACCAGGCUGCUACUUAACAAAUUAGAGUAAAAGUUUACCUCUUUGGCAGUAAAGUUCAUUUUUUUGUUUUUCUUUUCUGUCUUCAACCUCCCCCCUUCUCCCCCUUCUUCGUUCUUAAUUCAUGGGGUCUCUUGUUUAUCCCAAAGUGGACCAACAGCACAAACCACUGGACUGUGUUUUGCUGAGCAAGGAGCUGUUUUCAGUGCUGAAUAACUGUUGCACGCUCUUUAAUACUCUUUUUUUUUUUUUUUGGUGCACACGAUUUAAAAAAAUAUACAGAAAAAAACCCAAACCCUACGAAUGAAAUCUGUUGUUCUUGUGAUGAUCAAGUGAGAAUUUUCUCUGUACGCGUUCUUCUAACUGGUAUGUGAGAGUGUGUUAAUCAUGCAUUUCACUGCACUUCCUUGUUUCGGGAGGAGCAUCAUGUUUCCGCGUGAACCAGUUCUAGGCUGAAGAGAUGACACCCAGACACCUGGUUGGGUAAACAGAUCGGCGAGAACCAGAGCUCAGCUCAGUGGGAAGCAGCGCUUCUCACCGCGUGAGAGGCCUCAGAAAUUAAAUGCUUAGAAACAAUUAGGUUAGGCGUAGAUUUUGCAGAAUCCUGUUUAAAAAGAAUAAGCAGAAGAGGGGAAACAAAAUCAUCUUGAAUUCAGAAAAAAAAAAAUACAAAAUCAACAUAUUCAAACGCAAGCAGAAUGGCAUUGUGUAAGGUACAACCACAAAUAAGCUGUUCUCAUAGUUACAAACUGUAUGUAUCCUUUGUUUUGUUUCUCAUAAGGAAACGGGAAUGCUUUCCCCACUGACAAAACUAAAGGACGAUAUUUCCAAUACCAGCCUGUCUAUUGAUGCUCUUGUGUUUACAAAUUGUGUAUACUUUUAUUUCUUUGAUCUUAUUUUAAUUUUUUUUUUUUGGCAUAUUCUUUCAGGUCAUUUGCUUCAGUAAUAAAUGCAAUUGUUUGUUUUCAAAUAAUUGGUUUUCACCUUUUCAUGUAUUUGUACAUUGUAUAUAGUUCUUCAGUAUUAGAGGGAGGCGUAUUGUUUGUCAUAUUUACAAUAUGUGUUGGUGCUCAUUUGAGAAAAUAAAAUUUUCAAGUACUAAAA